CGAGGUUUUGGUUCAGCUGACCAACCUCUCGUGCGUCAUCAUUAUUCCGGAGAAGAGCGCGUGCGCAACCGAGCGGCGAAAUUAAUUUUUACCAUCACAAAAACUGUCAGCUUACAAUAAAUAACAGAAACUUUUUCAUAUUUGAAAGAUGGCAGACACAGAGCAAAGGGGCCCACCUCCGCCCCCUCAGGCUGGGCCUGUGCAAUUCCUGUUGAGUAAUAAGCUGGAAACGGCUAUGUGGCUGUCACGGCUGUUCACUGUCUACUGCUCCAUCAUGUUCAUUCUGCCCCUGCUUGGGCCCCAAGCAGCUGCUAAUUUCUAUCAGAGGGCAUUACUGGCAAAUGCCUUGACCAGUGCGCUGCGUCUGCAUCAGAGGAUGCCUCACUUUCAGCUGAGCAGAGCCUUCCUGGCCCAGGCCUUACAGGAGGACAGCUGCCACUAUCUCCUAUACUCCCUCAUCCUUGUCAACUCCUACCCUAUCACAAUGAGCAUAUUUCCUGUGUUCCUCUUCUCAAUUCUACAUGCCACCACCUACUCUAAAAAUGUCCUUGAUACUUUGGGCCCCAACAGCCUUAUGUUUGUGAGGAACUUUCUGAACAAGCUCACUGCCAAUCAGCAAAACAUCCUCAAGUUUAUCGCCUGCAAUGAGAUCUUCUUGAUGCCUGCCACAGUCUUCAUACUCUUCAGUGGCCAGGGCAGCUUACUUCAGCCAUUCAUCUAUUAUCGUUUUCUCACUUUACGCUAUGCCUCCCGGCGCAAUCCGUAUUGCCGGACUCUCUUCACUGAGCUGAGGAUCUUACUGGAGCAUUUUGUGAUGAAGCCCAGCUGCCCUGCCUUCUUUAGGAGGAUGUGCCUCAACAGCAUUGCCUUCAUUAGCCGCCUUGCCCCCACUGGGGUCUAACUGCUCUUUAUGAACAUUCACACGCUCGCAUACACACUACACACAUACACACCUGUCCUAUAACAGUUCAUAGACUGGGACAGUUUCAAGAUGGACUUAAAAGCAAGAUGGCAAAGUCUGAUCUCUCAGAGAUGGACGUCCUCCUUUGCACUGAAGGAAUUUGCUAUAUUUGGAGAGACUCUAUCUGACAGUUUGCAUCCAAAAAAACAAAAACAGCCAGAAGAUGCAUCUCUGUGCACAGUUGUCUGUAAAGUUGAUGCAACUGUUUUAUCAGUUCAGUGAAGCAUUUAUAUUGAUACUCAUUUUCUGGAGUAGAGAAAGACCCUUUGAUAUAUUUAAACUUAACUGAUACGGUAAAUAGAACUCUUAUUAACUUGUCUUUCUAAUGAGGUCAUGCCACACUGGAAAAGAGAUUUCAGCUGUCAUUAUACUUGUCUGUCCUUUAGUUUGAUUCCAUAUUUUUAUGUUCUUGCCUGAGCAUUGUUUUUAUUUUGCCUUGUACUGGAUUACCUUUACAUGACCUUAAUCUUAAUGUGACCUGCCCCCAAGCAUUUCUGAUUAGUUGACAAGGAUCUGAAGGGGAUGUUGUUGUUGUUGAUUUGUCUUUUUUCUAUGUUAACAGGCUGAUCAGAUGACUGAGGUAUUGGCAGAAAUCAUUCUAUCCAAUCUAGAUGUCUAUUGCCCUAUAAUCAACUGUCUAAUACCUUCAAAGUAAUUUAUUUCAAUGGCAAGUUGUAAAGAUGAACACAAUUUGAGAAUUUGUCACUUAUUUGCUUGUUCUAGGCAUGUUGUCGCUAUUAUAUUUAUUGCCUUUAUUGUUUAUAACCAUGGUCUGUGUAGAAUAAUAAAAUCUGUGAUCAAAGAUUAAAUUGUAACUAACAUUUAAGUUGAGCUGGUACUGAACAUUAGAGGAAUUUAUGAACACAUUUAAUUGAGAAAUUUCCCCAGAUAGGUGGAAGCAUGCAUUUUACUCCUUGGAUGGCCCAAUGAAACAAACUAUGUUUAACUAUGUUUAACUAUGUUAGUUAAAGUGUGUACUUAAUUCUUAGUCACAGUUGUAACCAGUGGGAAACUUGUUAAAAAUGGCUGCAUUCUUAUUAAGGCUACAUUUUUAAGGCCUUCAUCGCAAACAAUAAAGGACCAAUGAACUAUUUUUACUAACAGGAAUCUGUUUGCCCACAGGUCACAACUGUGACCAGGUGUAUGUUUACUUGUUCUGUAAGCAUGAUUUAUUAAUCAAAAAAGCAAUCUUAUUAAUCAGUAAUGGACCCUUUAAAAUUAUGUAUCUACCCUUUAUAAAUAUGGUAGUUUCAUGUGUGCAAAGCAGUGUUGCCACGCUCCUUUAAAGGCACUUGAAUUUUGGACCCAUAGAUUGAGGGCCUGAGAAAUUUGGAAAAAUAGACUUGAGUCCUUGAAAGUGCUUCAAUGGAUGAUUUUAAUCAGCUAAAACGGUAAUUGCAAUAUAACCUUUGGUGAUUAUUAAGCUGCAAAAUGCUUCAAAAUGUAUGUAUGAGCAUCGCUCUGUUAUGCCUGUAGUGCAUUACACAUACUAUGAAAUGGUGUUUUCAUCUGUUUCAGGGCGGUUCAGUGCUCGAUAAAUGAAUUCUGGUUCUCGAAAUAGAUGUACUUGGAGUUUAGUAAGCAAUUUUAUCACACUAAAAUCAUGUUUACACAUGUUUGCAUCUUGUGGCUAUACUUUUGAAAUGGGAGUAUUUUAAUGUUUACAAAUUUGACCCUUUCACGUCUGUUGUAAGUGCCUCACUGUAACCUAGAAUUAAAAAAAAAAAAAAAAGACCUAAAUUGAGUUCCGAAUGACCCU